AUGGCGUACUACUACGAAUCAGACGAUGAAGAGCUUCACUUUGAGCCCGAGGACGACGAACUCAUCAACGGCCAUCUUAUUCCCAUGUCAAAAGGUAAAUAUGCCUAUGGAGAUUACAUAGUGAUGAAGAAUGUUUACGCAAAGGAGCCAUGGUUGCUUGACCAUACCAAGGAUACUUUUUUCAACGAGGACGAGUGGUACUACUUCGUGACAAGGACUCAAGUCUCUGAGAAAAACAUCGAUUGUCGUAAGAAAGCGAAGCGGAAGAGUCGGGGACAGCGGUUGCUGGAGUUGGAACGCAAAAGCAACAACAACAAGAAGAAGCAGAAGACAGAAGAUGGUGCUGCUUCUUGUGCUAUUGUUUCAGGCAGCAACAGCAGAUGGACUAUGACAGAGUAUAGGCUUAAAGAAUUAAAAGAAGAUAAGAAUUUUCAGAAGCUAGUCCUCUGCAAGAUUCGUGAGAUCAAGAACAAGAAAAGCCAUCAUAAGUGUUUUUCUAACUUGUCGCAGCAGCCUAUCAAUACUGGUCACAAGUCUAUUCUAGCUUCUUCUUCCUUGCACCAGCAGAAGCAGCUGAUUAAUGAAGCUCAUCGUCUUGAUCCGUAUAUUGGAGCAUAG